AUGGACGUGUACGGGGGAACCGACGAGGAGAGCGCCGAGUUGCGAAAGCUCCUAGUGGAAGUGAACGAUGAUUCCGACAACUUUGAGAUCUGGGAGAAACUCGUGCGUACGGGCGAGUCGCUUGAAGGCGGCAUCAACCGAAAUUCUAGUGCUCAAGCAAUCACUGCGAUAAGAGACAUCUACGACCGUCUGCUCAGCAAAUUCCCUCUCUUCUUCGGGUAUUGGAAGAAAUAUGCCGACCUCGAGUUCUCCAUCGCUGGCACCGAAGCAGCCGAAAUGGUCUAUGAGCGCGGUGUUGCAAGCAUAACCAAUUCGGUCGACCUGUGGACGAAUUACUGUUCAUUCAAAACCGAGACCUGCCACGACGCCGAUAUCAUUCGAGAACUCUUCGAGCGAGGCGCGGCCUUGGUAGGCCUGGAUUUUCUUGCCCACCCCUUCUGGGACAAAUACAUCGAGUUUGAAGAACGCUUGGAAGCACACGAUCGCAUAUUUGCCAUCCUAGGCAGACUCAUCCACAUUCCGAUGCAUCAGUAUGCCAGGUACUUUGAAAAAUACCGGCAAAUGGCACAGACUCUCCCGCUGGUUGCUAUCGUUCCUGCCGGAACACUGACUCAGCUGCAACUGGACCUUGAAAACGAGGGGGCUGGAUACAAAGCCGGCCGCAGCCAGGCCGAAGUGGAACGCGAAUUAAGGGUCCGCAUCGAUGCUUAUCAUUUGGAGCUGUUCAGGCAGACGCAGACCGAGACCACGAAACGAUGGACGUUCGAGUCCGAGAUCAAACGUCCGUACUUCCACGUAACAGACCUGGAUGAAGCCCAACUUACGAAUUGGCGCAAGUAUCUCGACUUUGAGGAAACCGAGGGCGACUAUACACGAAUCCAGUUCUUGUACGAGCGGUGUCUGGUUACAUGUGCCCAGUAUGACGAGUUCUGGCUGAGAUAUGCCAGGUGGAUGCUGGCUCAGCCAAGUAAGGAAGAGGAAGUCCGAAACAUCUACCAGAGGGCAGCAUGCAUUUUCGUGCCAAUUGCUCUUCCGGCAGUCAGACUUCAAUAUGCCUACUUUGAGGAAAUGAGCGGCCGAGUUGAUGUGGCCAAGGACAUUCACGAGGCAAUUCUGGUCUCUCUACCCGGCCACGUUGAGACGAUCGUCUCGCUUGCGAAUAUCACUCGUCGCCAUUCCGGAACGGAGGCUGCCGUGGCGAUCUACCAGAGUCAGAUCGAUUCUCCGUCCAUCGAACCUUCUGCCAAGGCAGCACUCGUGGCAGCAUGGGCUAAAUUGCUAUGGAAGAUCAAGGGAGCACCGGAAGAAGCUCGACAAGUGUUCCUGAAGAACCAACAAUGGUAUCUCGAUAGCCCAGCUUUCUGGUCAGCCUAUUUGCGUUUCGAAAUUGGUCAGCCCACAACAGCGGACACGGAACAAGCCCAGUAUGACCGAAUCCGACGAGUGGUGGACGAGAUUUUCAGCAAGAGCCGUUUGCCCGAGUCGACGGUUCAGGAGCUUGUCACAGCUUACAUGCAGUAUCUGCUCGAAAGAGGCACCAAAGAUGCCGCGAAGGAAUACUUGACUCUCGACCGGGAAAUCAAUGGGCCAACUUCUGUGCAAAAGUUGCCUAAGAUGCAAAAUGAUCCGAGCAAGACUCCGGGUUUUGUUAAUGGCCAGGUAUGCUAUGGCUCGGCCCCUUUUUGA